AUGCCCUCUAUGGAGCACGAGAGAGCAAGUCAUCGUAUAAGCUGUGAUUGGUUGAUAUGUCGUUGCCAUAGCAAGACACAUCUACAACACCUCGUAAAAAUGGCGACUCCCUGGUGAACCGAUAUUUUCAGCGAUGGCUAAUAUACUUUCUGCACGUGUUUUAUGUCGAUGUGCAUACAUUCUUCUGAUUGUUUUGAUUACGGAUGCAAAGAGCAAUGUCGUUUUUCAGCCGUCGUAUCUCGUCACAUCUGGACCUAGAUUGUCUGCUUUCUUGCUUGGAAACACAUCUGGCAUAUCCCUGACCCUGAGCUCUCUAUCGCUCUCCAAUGCCUCAGGUCGCCUUCCUACCCCAUCAUGCUCAGACGAUCUGACGCAGUGGGUUCUCACACAGGAGUUGGUGGGCAAGACUACAGUGCGAGUGCAGCUGAGUCUGAACCGCAGCCUGCUCCUGUGUGGUAAUAAUAAUGACACAGACUGCUGUCCUGAGCCACUGUGCGUGCUGGAGACUCUACGUGUGUCUGCCUGUCUGGGGAACGCACCUCAGGCCUCACUGCUAAUCCAGGCUAGGAUCUAUGCCCAGGUGUUUCCCACUGAACCUGUGUCUGACAACAAAUCAGUAAUUCCCAACCAAGUGUACCGGCCCCUGGGCUCCUGUCCCUGCGACCUCACUGUGGGAGCCUGUGAUGUGCGAUGCUGCUGUGACAAGGACUGUUCCCCCGAAGCCCUGAAGCUGUUUCAGGGCCAGUGUCUUUCGGGGCCCUUUGGAGGGGAAGUUUCUCCAGUUCCUGAUUACGUGUGCAUUGCACAGUCUGCUGAAAAUGCCCCCGAUUGGUUUCCAUUUCUCUGUGUCAUCUCCCUGCCUGAAAACAAUCCCUUCCUUGGACUCUUUUAUGAAGGGGACACAAUCACACCAAAGCCCAGGCCAUCUUUCCAAAGGCCAGUGCUGUCAGCUCCACUGCCCACCCAUAUCUACCAGCAGGGGGAUCCCAUUUUUACCAUAAGUGAUCAGUAUUUCACCAUUCCUCAGAACUCCCUGGUUGGCCAGUGUGUAAAUAAUGCCCCUGUGGCAUUUUUGAAAAACUUCCAAGCGCAGUGUGUGACCCGUCUCCUGUCCUGCCCAACUGGACCCCCCUUACAGACGACACCAACAGAGCUGAGGGUGCAAGUCUGGGAUGGCCAAGGGGGAGUGGUCACAGUGGAUGUCAUGGAUAAAAUGGCUGUUGAUCUGAGGCCCUUUGUCGCGAGUCCUGUGGCUGAAGAUGGCAGACUGCUGUGUGAAAAUGUGACCUUGGCCUUGGAUUACAAAUUCUUCUGGAAAGGGAAUGGUCUCACAAAUAUCACACUAACCCGCACACUUGGGAAUGUCCUUUCUGCUAGUGUUUCUCUUCCUCUCACAGUGGGUUUGACAGCUAGGUAUUCAGUUGUGUUUCUGAAUGGAGAUGCUUUGGCUCAGCCCAACUCGGGGAACCCAGGUUACCAGGUGGGCAGGCCUGUGAUUGGUGGGAUUGUGGACACCUUGGAGAAUGGAACAGUCAUACAGAGGACCCCAGUCAAUCUUUGGAAGCCAGUAAGCAGUGGACUGUGUGCCUCUGAGGGGAGAAUAGUACUAUUUGGGGAGAACUCAACUGCAGGAUGUCUGUUACCUGUGAGCCUACAGAACCUGACCCAAUGUAGCCUGCUCAGUCAGAAUGUGGCCUCUCUUCAGAGGGCACUGAGCACAGCAACACACAUAGCGAGGAAUGGAGACCCAGAUGUUCUGAACCUGACUGACUGGUUGAACAUUAGCUUUGUAGAACUGAACUCCAACCAGCCUGUGGGUGGUGGUAUUGGAAUAUGUUCUGGGAUUCCCUCCCACCGGCACAUCCACGUUAGGAGCAUUGUGACAGGGGUGGUGGGGGGGUUGCCUCAGCGGGAGAUACAAGCAGUGGAAGUCAGUGACCAUGUGUCCACUUGGAAGUUUGAGUGUGGAGGAGGUGACCCCUGUCUGCAGCUGACUGGGAUUCAGACUUUUCCUGUCACCUCCUCCAUCACCUUCACUGAUAUCUCCAUCAACACAGGACCAGCCAAAACCAGGUUUCAGAUGAACUUUACUGAGUAUGACUGCGACAGGAACGAUGUGUGCUGGCCCCAGCUUGCCUUCCCCCUCACCAGGUAUUAUACAGGUGAGUCGUACUCCCUGUCUCUGGCCAAGGGCCUCAUCUUGGUGUUUUUCUUCAUCGCUGCCUCCGUUCUCGGGACUCCAUGGAAACAGAUCCGACAGGCAUGGAGAAGUGCUUCUCUCUAAACCCAUGAAUUUGAGAAAUAGCGCAAUAGUAGACAUACUGACAUGCCCUAGUUCUUGACGUGGGCAACCCACCUUGACCAUGACUGUCUAAUGGCUUGAAUUUUCUUGAUCCUGCUGAAAGAUAAUGGAUGAACAUAUUGUUAUUGAGCUAGUAAACAGCCAGUAGGUAAGUCAUUUUCAGGUGGUAAGUUCGAACAUGUUCAGCAGGUUUUUUUUCAUGGUUUGUAAGAAUGUAAAUGAUCAAGUUGACUGUAUUUUGAUAUUUUUGUUACCUUUUGGAAAAUAUCAUUUUUCAUUUAGCCUUUAAAUGUGAAUCUGGCCUGGGAUAAAUCAAAUCACAUUAUUAUUUGUCACAUGCGUCGAAUACAAUGGGUGUAGACUUUACUGUGAAAUGCUUGCAUACCAGCCCUUCUCAACGAUGCAGAGUAAAACAUUAAAUAAUAGUAAAAUAUUGUAA